CAAUGGUUUGUAUCACUCAGGUAACCUCUUAUCAAACGUGUAUUCCUUAAGGACUGAUGCUUGUAUACCGGUAACCUUCACUUUCAGCAGAGUCGCGGAAUGGGUCAAAAGUAUCUGUGAACGCUAGAAAAAUGUUCCGCUGGAUUAUAUUUCUGCUGACUGUAGCAUCUCUAACUCAAGAUAGCUCAGGCAAAAAUCUAUUGGAUGCUUGCACCAAAGACGGAGAGUGUCCUUCAGAUUCCAAGUGUACCAUACGAGGCUGUGACGGAAGUAUCUGUUUAUGCCGAGGAAAUCUUAUCCCGAACCUCAACUACACUAAAUGCGUGUCCUUUGCUGAAAUCGGCGAGAGUUGCACUGGGUCCAAAUUUUGCCGCCCUGUUAGCAGUCGCUGUGAUCACGUGAAGGGUGAAUGCACCUGCCAGAACGGAUACUCAGCCUCCAGUUCAAACAACAAAGUGAUCUACUGCAAACAAAAACCUCUUCUAUCCACUUCCACCAGCUUCUCUUUACUUAAAGAGCCAUGUGACGACAAUCGCCAGAAGUGCUCUCCAGAAAACCAUUUGGAGUGCGACAAGGGUGUAUGCGUCUGCUCGAACGGGUACAAAGAAGCUUCCAUUGAUAUCAUCAACGCCUAUCCUUUUAAUGUUGUACAGUGUGUUCCUGUAAAUUUCUCCAUUGGUAUCAAGAUAGAAGAAAACCAAUGCUUCAGCCCAGCACCAGUGACACCUAGGCCAACACCUGGACAAACAUCUAACGCCAUUCCACUGCCGACCACCGAUCAGUUUUCAUCUGAAUUUGUGUCAACAUUUGACAUUCCAUCAUUAUCAACGGACUUUGGACAAACAUCGCCAUCAGCGUCAUUAACAAGUUUUCCAAACUUACAACCUACCCCUGCAAUCACACCAUCAACGUAUGAAACACAGAAAUACUCAUCCGGAGUUCCGGAACUUUCAUCGACAGACACGUUAGAAGAAAGCAGUGCCUACCUUUUCUCUUCGGCAAUACUUCCGUGGAGUAAUGCGGCGGGAUUAGUUUCGGAAACAAAUUUAGAAACCCAACAAACUCUUCAUUACACCUCCAUCAGCUCGCCAUAUACCUCAUUUAUUUCAGACUUAUUGACAAGCAGUGAAAGUUAUACAAAAACUUUAUCAAGUGUUACCGUUACUUCUUCUAAUACUGAUAUUUUAUCAACUUCCUCACCAGACAUUAGCUCCAGUUCACAACCCACCUCAACAUUAGUUGGAUCGUCCGGAGUGAUAUUUAGUUCAUUUAUGUCUAGUUCUGAAACGCCUGUCCAAGUGGAAACCUCAUUUACUAUGUCUUCCUCAAAAAGUAAUAUAAUUACGUCGAUGUCGUCUGCUUCAUUUGUGACUUCAGUUUUACCAACCUCGCAGAACACAAACACCGUAAAAUCAUCCAUGGUUACUUCCCCUGUGACAUUUUCAUCUGAGUUUGUCACACCUAAAUCAUCCGUAGAAGAAACUGCAACUCUCUUUACUUCAUCAUCUGAAGAAUUUACCAAAACGAUUCAGCCAACUCGCAGUCAAUCUAUCAGCAGCCAAAAUAUAAAAUCCAGUUCAGUUUUGACAACAACUUCAAUAUCAACGCCACCACCACCGACGUCAAAAACACCAAAAACAACAGAAAACUCGGUUGUCACAACAACAGAAAAGUCUGUAGUCACAACAACAGCAAAUUCUGAUGUCACAACAGAAAAAUCUACAGCGUCAAGGUCUACAACAAUAGCAACAACAAAAAGCACUACUUCACAACAAACAACGAGAAGCGUCACACCAAUCGGGGAACGUUGUCAGAUAAAUUCUGUCUGUCCCGACAACGCCAUCUGCGAGACCCGCUCAAAGUGUGAUGGAAAUUUGGCUUGUUACUGCAAAGAAGGUUAUGUGUCCAAUGAAAACAACGAGAAAUGCCUGAAAAUCCAAUAUUUAAGAGGAAAAUGUGUGUCAAACAACCAGUGCUUAGGACCAAACGCAGCCUGCAUUGGUGGACUAUGUGCCUGUGCAGAGGGCUAUCUGUCAAGCAGCAACAACACAAGAUGCAGACGAGAAAUGUCCUGGUUUGUUAGCUUCCCGCUUCUUGGCGACCGAUGCAUGGGGUUUCUUUCCUCAUGUUAUAAUUAUGACGAGCAAGAAUGCAAAAACGAAAGAUGCGUCUGUAAAGAAGGAUACAGGCCACUCUUGGAGGUAGAGCGGAAGUUACGUCACAAGGAAUUUUCACAAUGUGUCAAAAAUGACACACUGCCUGAUGCUUUCAAGGAAAAUAUUCGCUGUACGGAUAUGACCGCAUCGGAUUAUUCAGACCCUUACUACUCGGAAGGAAAAAGAAAAAUCCGGGUGAUGCAGGGGGCUAUUAUUGGUGGAAUUAUGGCUUUCUUGGUUUUAAUUUUGACAGCCGUAGGAAUCAUACUCUAUAUCAGAUAUAAAAAGAGAACAGGUGAUAUGAACAAUGACUCAGGUUCGGAGAUUUCAUUCGAGAGACAAUCUAGUGGACGCUAUUCGUUCAAAAUCCCGCGCCCUUUCGCCACCUACGACACCACACCAGCCGACAAUCUGUCCUUCCACAAUCGCUCCUUCAAAGAGGACGAGACUCAUCGACUUCGAGAAGACGAGCUCAAGUCCUUGAAUGGAACUCUAGCCAAAUUUUACUUCGAUGACAUAGAUUAUAAGCCACACGAGGAAUACAGACCACACGAGAAUGGAAAGUGAAACUUUGUGUCUAGGGGGUCCUUUGAAAUUACGAGAUUAUAUAUAUACAGUCUAUUGGAACUGAAAUGUAAAAAUGGUGCAAAUGAAUAUUAUGAAUGUUAUUGGGUGCUUGUUUGAAUAGAUUUAGUUACAUUUGUAUAAAUCUAAUAUUUCAUUUUGAAUAUUUUAGUGAAAGAUAACAUUCUUAUCUAUUAGUCUGCUGUUACAUGUUAAUAAUAACACAAUUUCCAAUUAUAUACGUAAUAUAUGACGUUUAAACACAAAAAUGACUAUAUUAAGCCAUACGAACACAUAUAAUACGACGAGAAGAAAUGUAAUAAUAAUUUUAUAAUAUUAUAAUGUUUAUAUAUAAUGGAUGCAAAUAUGGCUGUAACUGGUUUUGUCAUUUUACAUUAUCAAUAAAUUAUACGUUUAU